AUGAUUACUGAAGCAUUAGUGGUUGCUGAGCCAGGCUCGCCAUUCAUGUACCAAGAGGUACAUGUGGAUGAUAACAUUCGAGAUGAUGAAGUUCUUGUGGAAAUGAAGGCCACAGGCGUGUGCCACACCGACCUUAACUUUCGUAAUGAGAAGACGGUUCCUGGGCUAUUUCCUGCAGUUUUUGGUCACGAAGGUGCAGCAAUCGUCGUCAAAACCGGCUCUAAGGUCCGCACCACUUCUCCAGGUGACCACGUCCUCUUAACAUAUACGUGCUGCGGAAAUUGCAAGUACUGCAACAAUAAAGACACGUCCUACUGCUAUGACUGGGAGCGCGAUAAUUUCGGUGUUGGGAGAGCCGACGGAUCGAAAUCCUAUGCAGAAAAAUCUGGAGCCGCCAUCACGUCACAUUUCUUCGGCCAGAGUUGCUUUGCCAAGUACGCAGUUGUUGCAGCGAAUAGCGUAGUCAAAGUUGAUAAAGAUCUACCACUAGAUUUAUUGGCCCCGUUGGGCUGUGGUAUCAUGACUGGAGCUGGAGCAAUGCUGAAUGUAGUCAAGCCAACUGCAGGUUCAACGGUACUGAUUGUAGGAGCUGGUGCUGUAGGACUGGCCGCACUGAUGGCUGUAAAACUUGCCCCGUCAAAACCUAGCAAAGUUAUUGUCGUUGACAUUGUUUCUGAACGUCUUGGGCUUGCGAAAAAGUACGGGGCAACAGAUGUGGUGAAUUCGAAAGACCAUCCAGAUCUCAAGGCCACGCUCAUGGCCAUUACGGAAGGCAAGGGAGUUGAUGGCGCUAUAGAUACAACAGGUCGUCCUGAAAUCGUGGGAAAGCUUCUUGAAUCUGCGGCCAAGAAAGGUGUAGUAGUGACCGUUGGUGUCGGCAGCCUUACUGCAGAAGUGUCCACUAAUAUAUUCAACACCGUCAACUCUGGCCGAACUUAUGUCGGGUGCGCUAUGGGAAGCUGCUACCCUCAAGAAUUCAUCCCGGUGCUGCUUACUGCCUGGCACGAUGGCAAAUUCCCAUUCACGGACUUGAUCAAGAAGUACCCAGCAGAGGAUAUGGAGAUAGCUGCAAAGGAGGUCUUGGAUGGGAGCGUAGUCAAGGCGGUGUUAGUCUGGAAAUGA